AGGUUUAACCAGGAUUUAAAGAUUACUUACAGAUAUAUCAACAUAUAAUCUAGUUAAUCAUUGAAUUGACAUAUAAACUAAUAUGUUGAAUGUUAUAGAAUUCAUUGUAUUGUGAACAAUUGAAUAAAUUGGAUAAUAAGAAUAGAUCUAAAAAUGAAGCAAGUGGUAACAAUCGAAUUGUGGACGUAAAUGAAAAUUCGUGACACGUGGCAAUGUUUUUAUGAAACAAUUCGUAAUUUUCAAUUAGAACUUUUUACAUUUAAUAUUCGUUUACAAAUAAGUAUAUUUACGGUAGAGACGUGGCACAGGAAAAACAAAGUACUAUAUCUCACUUCCUGUGAUCAAACAAAUAAAAAAAACUAACGUAUAGAGAUUAAUGUUUGGUUAAAGUGAGUUUCAGUGGAGGCGCGAGAAAAGUGUCUCGAUAAUUUAUUGUCAAUAAAAGGGAGAAAAAUAUUGUGCGGUUGGUGUAGAAAAUGAAACGGGCGAGAUAUUGAUGAUAAACAGCCAGCAUAUAUACAUAUAUAUAUAUAUGUAUAUAUGUAUAGAUGUCCCCUGUUCGCUCUUUCUAUAUAUAUAGAUAUAUAUUCAUCCCUUUUUUGUAUAUGUAUAUAUCUGUACACAGCUAGAAGACUAUAAAAGACUUCAUUUAGCAUCCCUUUUGCGUCGCGAGGCAAAGUGGAAGGGCUUUUCGAGUAGGGGGUGAAUGGGGCGUCGCGACGGGCCCCGCCCUGCGCCAAUCGGAACGAGGGUCGGGUACCUCGAAGGGCGUGUUCAACCCUCGGGAAAUUGAAAAACACACCGACGCCGGCGUAUCGAUGCGGCGUCGAACCUUAGUUGCAUAUUGACUAGCGAGGAGCGCACAUAUUUUGCGAUGAUCAAUCGUUUGGAACGUGAACCCGGACAAUUGGAUAUAGAGAUGUUUCGUGUGCCACCGAUCUCUAUAGAUGAUUUCCCAGAAAUCCUGCUGUCUACGAUACCAAAAUGCGGAGGAUGUCAUGAAUUGAUAUUAGAUAGGUUUAUACUAAAGGUAGCUGACAGGACGUGGCACGCGAAGUGUCUCCAAUGCAGCGAUUGCAGGGUACAAUUAACGGACAAGUGUUUCGCGAGGAACGGACAGUUAUUUUGCAAAGACGACUUUUUCAAUGGGUGCAGACGAUUCGGUACAAAAUGCGCUGGUUGCGAGCUGGGCAUCCCUCCAACCCAGGUCGUCCGGAGGGCACAAGACAACGUCUACCAUCUACAGUGUUUUGCGUGUGCGAUGUGCGCCCGUCAACUCAACACCGGAGAUGAAUUCUACCUCAUGGAAGAUCGGAAGUUGGUCUGCAAACCGGACUACGAGGCUGCCAAAAGUAAGGCGGCGGAAUGUUUAGAUGGUGAUCAGCCGAAUAAGAGGCCGAGGACUACGAUAACAGCAAAGCAGUUGGAAACCCUUAAAACAGCGUACAACAAUAGUCCGAAGCCAGCAAGACACGUCCGUGAACAGUUGAGUCAAGAUACAGGAUUGGAUAUGCGGGUGGUGCAAGUGUGGUUCCAAAAUCGGCGAGCGAAGGAGAAGAGAUUGAAGAAAGACGCCGGUCGAACGAGAUGGAGCCAAUAUUUCAGAUCGAUGAAGGGCGGUUCAUCGCCUCGGCACGAUAAGUUAUUGGACAAAGAUGAUAUGAAAGUAGAUUUGGAUAGUUUUAGCCAUCAUGAUUUGAGUGAUGAUAGCUAUGGAACAGUUGUAAACAUGGGAAUGGACCAAGAUGGUUCUUCUCCUCAUAAUGGGAGAGGACCAUCGUUUCUUCACGGCGCUGCCUCACCUCCUUACUUACCAGGACACACUCCUCCACACGGUCACGAGCACUUCCCCUAUCCAGAUCAGCUCUCUGUUUACAAUUCAAUAGGUCAAGCCCAUUCAGCUGGAAUGGGUAUGGCCCAUGGAAUCCCACCGGGCGCCGACACAGACAUCAGCAAUGACAGCAGUCCUCGGAACUACCCAGAUUUUCCGCCGAGUCCGGACUCGUGGCUCGGCGAACCGUCCAGCGCUCAUUACUGACCCAAUGAAAUUUUAUUUAUUGAUAUUUAUAUUAUUCAUGUACACAUUUUCAUUUCAAAGUUCAUGUAUGUCCUCAUGAUUGCAUGCGCGUCGCUGCUGAAAUGCAACGACUCAAAGUCACAGUCAAUAACAACGCGUUUUUCGAAACAAAUGUACAAAUUAAACUCAUCCCUCUUAAGCACAAACACUUGUUAUUGACUGUCACUUGGGAUUUGAAAAGAAGAGAUAAAUGAAGAAAGAGAAUACUAAUUUUAUCGCUGUAUAGUAUUGUUCUAGUCAAAUGAAUCUAAACAAAAAAAUAAUAAUAAUUAUAUGUGUCCGUUUACCAUUCUAGUCGUCAAGUAUUGUUUUAAUUUUAAUAAAUUAAUCUAACUUACUUUUUAUUUA